CGCCACCAAUUUGUCAGAACGCGUGUCCCAAUCCUAAUGCCCUGCUCACUCCAAAGGGGCAGAGCCCAGAAUUUAGGAUGAAUUUACCCUUCGCUAACAGUCAUGCUGAAGAAUCCUUUGGGAAAAGAUUAAUUUUCGUACUUUCGUUUGACAGACUCUUCGAGUGGCGGGCCUUUCAAGGGAGCAAAAAUGCCGUUUGGAAAUCGCCAUUUUACGUGACAUGGCUUCUAAAAAUGCGGCGCUCCUGAACGAGAUGCUUUAAAAAGCGAGAGGCAACGGUCAAACACGCAAGUCUAGCGAAUGUUUACAAAGGAAAACAACUGAAAAACAGCGCAGAAGGACUCGAAAACACCUUUGGUGUGAACGGCCCCUUAGACUGUACUCGGUGUGUCUGAAAAAGGGGAAAUGUAAAGGUCCCUUCCACCUCACCAUAAAUAUAAACGUAUGUCGUGUUGUUUUCAGCAGGCCUUUUGAUGAAGACAUCGUCCGUGAAACAACACCUAGAUAAACUUUUAUUCUUCAUUUUCGACUCGUGAAAUGGCAGAGGCUGUUCUCGGAGAUCACGAACGAUACAGCUGUUCAAUAUGUUUGGAUCUACUGAAGGAUCCCGUGACAAUUCCGUGCGGACACAGUUACUGUAUGAGCUGUAUCAGUGAGUACUGGAAUAUAGAAGACCAGAGAGGGCCCUACAGCUGUCCACAGUGCAGGCAUGCUUUUUAUUCAAGGCCUUCUCUCAACAGAAGUACAGUACUUGCUGAAAUAAUGGAGAAAUUGAGGGACACAGCACUGCAAGGGUCAGAGUCUGCUCAAAAUCUUGCUGGACCUGGAGAUAUUGGAUGUGAUUUUUGCACUGGAAGACAGUUAAAAGCUGUCAAUUCUUGUCUGGAGUGUCUGGCAUCUUACUGUGAAACACAUGUACAUCCGCAUUAUAAUGUUCCUGCCCUGAAGAAACACAAGCUGGUAAAAGCUGCUAUCAUGCCAACAUGCUCCAAACACGACAAGCUCUUGGAGGUUUACUGUCGUACAGAUCAUAAAUGUGUCUGCAUGCAUUGUUUAAUGGAUGACCACAAAGGCCAUGACACAGUGCCAUGUAUGAUUGAACGGAAUGAGAAACAGAUUAAACUUGCAGACAAAAAGAAAAAACUCAAGCAAACAAUCCAGAGAAAAGAGGAAGAGCUACUAAGGAUGAAAACUGACAUAAAUACCCAUUCAUGUUCUGCAAAGAAGGCAGUUCAGAACAGUAAGAGAGCCUUCACUGAAUUAGUCCGUUUAAUUGAUAUGAGAAGCACGGAGAUGAUUGAGAAGAUAAAAGCUCAAGAAAAGGCUGAUCUGGAUCAAGGUGCAAAACUACAAAAGAAUCUGGAAGUGAACAUUACUGAGCUGAAGAAGAGGGAAGAUGUCCUAGAGACACUUCUACAGACCGAUGACAACAUCUACUUUCUUCAGAAUUAUGAGCCUCUGUCUUCUUCAUCUGGCUCUGAUGAUUUCCCCAGUACCUCUUUUAAGCCAUGCUGCUCUUAUGUGGAUAUAAGCAAACUUGUUUAUGAACUUAAAGAGCGACUGCAGAUAGUUUUCAACCAGGAAAUAAGUGAAACAUCUAAAAAAGUUUCAGAUCUGGUCCCAAAGAACACACAAGUCUGCAUCAAGGUUGGAGAGAGAGUCCGAGUGAAACCUUCUGUUCACACCCCAAAAUAUGAGUGGGGCAGAAAUGUCACACAUGAGUCUGUGGGUUUGGUAAAAGAUAUUAAAGGUGAUGAUGGCUUGGUCGUUGAGUUCCCUGGACAUACAAACUGGAGAGGAAUGCUGUCUGAAAUGGAGCUAGUCACUGAUGUUGAUUAUUGUGCUGUAGAUGGUAAUACAGUGAUUGUAGAUUUCCCAGAGAAUUCUGACUGGACUGGUAUGCUUUCAGAGUUGGAAGCUUCUCAUAAAGAUGAAACGGGGUCCCCCACUCUUGAGAGCCUCGAUAUCGGAAACAGAGUCUGUGUGAGAUCUUCAGUGACAAAUCCAAAACAUGGAUGGGGCGAGGUCACUCACAGCAGCAUUGGUGUCAUUAAAAAAAUUCAGGGUGAGUAUUUGACUGUAGAUUUUCCGGAGCAGAUAGAUUGGAUUGGCAUAAUUUCAGAAAUGGAGCUUGUGACCAGUGCUUGUUCAGAACUCCGUUUAAGCACUGGAGAAAGGGUCCGUGUUAAACCCUCCAUCAGCACUCCAGCACAUGGCUGGGGAAGUGUCACCAAGGACAGCAUUGGAGUGGUUUUAGCUAUAGAUGGCACCAAAGUGACUGUUAACUUUCCUGAGCAGUCUAAUUGGACAGGCAUUGUCUCAGAGAUGGAGGCUGCUCCUAAUGAUGACACACAGGACCAAGGAGCAUGUCCUUUUAAUUAAAUACAUUAAAGGGGUCAUGACAUAUUUAUACAUACAUAUAUAUAUAUAUAUAUAUAUAUAUAUAUAUAUAUAUAUAUAUAUAUAUAUAUAUAUAUAUAUAUAUACAUAUAUAUAUAAUCUUCCUGGUGGUCCACUUAAAAUGUUAGUAACGUUUUUUGCACCAAACAUUCAUAAUUUAUUCAUAUAUAAUAAUUUUCCAUCCUGUCUCUGGCCCUCUGUCUGAAAUGCAUGGUUUUAAGAUGCCUAGCGCUUUAAGACUUCAAUGUAAAUGCCCACUGUUGUGAUUGGCUAAUAUUGUGCAGCCCUUCCAAUACAAGCAUAUUUGAAACGCAAUCUGAAGAAAAUAAAUGAACUACACACAACAAUAUAAAGCUACAUUUCAGGGUUAAACAUAAUGUACACCCAACACAUUUCAUCUGAAUGUAUCUAACUGUUCACUCAAGCAGAGACGCUAGUCUUCACAUCUCACAUUUUCCCAGUUUGUUUACACCCAGGACUGCAUGUGUUUUUCCCAGUCAGUAGCAGCAGCAGGAUGAGACGCCUUUUUGAAAGUUGUGCUCUUAAAGCGUGGCGAACAUCGCCGGAAGCACUUCAAAAUGAUCAAAGAUGUUUACAAAAGACCAACAAUUAAAAAGAACACAGAUGGGUGCAAAAACGGUCCAGGACACCUUCAAAACAUCAUAACAGCAAGACAUCGCAUCUUAAUGAAACACAAUGGGGGAUCCUUUUUAGAGUUAUAACUUGACAUUGCAUCUUUUAAAAGAGCUGCAAUAUGCAUGAUAAAGAUCAAAGCUGUUCAAGUUGAUGUAGAAUUUUUUUAAAUCCAGAUAGGCAUAUGAAUGUUCCCUGUAUAAAUCCACUUUGGAUGAAGCUCCCAUGACAGGCCCAUCUCUCUCCUUUUCUCCUGUGUGACUGACUAAAUUCCAGUGGGCGGGGCCAAGGGUGCAAUGAUGAAAAAUUGCCGUUGCAUAUAUAGAUGUAUUUUGUCCUUGUGACAUCACAAGUUCCACGAAUUCCAAACAAGCUGUUUUUGCAGCUUGAUUUAAGUAAAUGCUCUCUUCUAUUAAGAAGGAAUUUUCAGUUCUGAAAAUUACAGUAUGAUUUUAUAGUACAAUUACCUCUUAUAUGUCAAAAGAUCUAGGAAAAUUGUAUUUCUCAUGUCAUGACCCCUUUAACACAUUGGUAAAAAUACCAAAUAUGGAUGAUAUAUAUAUAUAUAUAUAUAUAUAUAUAUACACACACACACAGUACUGGGCAAAAGUCUUUACAUUUAAAACAUUAAAUGUUUUUCAAAAUAUUUGUCUUAAGUUUGAGAUUUCCAAACAUUCCUUUUGCAAAUAGAAUAGAAUAGAAUUAGAACAAGGAAUGCUGCAACAGAUAUCAUGGCCCCCACAGAGACGAGGUCUCAACAUCAUUCUGUCUGGGAUGAAGAGACAGAACCAGUUGUGAGAGCAUAAAUACACAUACUGUGGCAAGUUCUCCAAGAUGCUUGGAACAACCUAUCUGCCAACAACCUUGAAAAACACUGUGCAAGGGCACAAAGGAGAAUUUGUGCUGUUUUUAAGGCGUAGGGACUAGGGUGAUAAUACCAAAUAUUGAGUUUUUACUGCACUUUGUAUGAAGUUAAUUAAUAAAUAAAAUUAAUUCAUGGCAUCAUUUUUGGAAGCAUACUCACUAUUCAACAUUUUUCACAACUUAUAUAUUGUAUAUAUGUGUGUCUUCAUUUGGUUUUGUCUGGCUGCUCAGGAGUUGAAAUUUUGUUUAACUUUGAGGCAUGGUUUCUUUUUGCCUGUUUUCAUGAGUUGUUCAUUGCCCCAGUAUUGUUAAUUAUUUUAUUUAUUUUGGCAUGUUUUUAAAGGGAGACUUUUUUUUUUUUUUGUGUCCUAUGUCUGUCACAUGGCCAUCUCAAUUACACAGAUAUUCACAAUUUGCAUAUAAAAAGGCGAAAGCAUUGUGAAAGACAAGAGGCAUUUGUGAGGCAUUUUGAAAACAGCUAACAGAUCAGUCUACUCAGUAGCACUACCUGAUCAUCCUCUUGCCUCUGUCGUAUUGAACAUCUUGUGAGGUUACUUUUAGAGCUGUAUUAAAGAAGUAAUAUAAUACAUUUUUAUUAAAAGUUUCCCUGAGGUCCACUUAAAUUUUCUGCCCUCUUUCUAACACCAAUAUUCUAAAUAUAGGCCUACACAGUGCAAUGCAAUGAGUUCAAGGACAGCAGGUGGCUGACCAAAUGAUUUAUAAAAACAAUAAGAUAAAUGUUGUCUAGGUUGGUCAUAGAUAAUUUAAGCCAAAUUUGGUAAGAACAUUAAAAAAAUGUUUUUUUAAAGGAGUGCUGAAAAAUCACUUUACUAGGUGGUGCUUUCCUAGGACUGCUCUGGUAACUU